CAGAGUUGGUGAUCUCUACAUUCUCCUGUGUGAAGGAGAACACCACUGAGAACCGUUCAUUUUGCAAUCCCACAAGUAAUGAAUCUGUGAGAGGAACGUCCAGAGGAGCACACUUCACAAUGGCAGACAAGGAUAGUGUGGAAAAAUACUUGGAGAAUAACCCUCAGUACGCCAAAGAGUAUUUCGACAAGAGGGUCAGAUGUGAGGCCAUCACCGCCGCUUUCACCGAGACCCUAGAAAUCAAAGAUGUAGCCUCGUUCAAAGACGUCAGCCAAAUCCAGGAGGCCAGCAUCAUCUUUGACCUGGUGAAAGAAUUUCAGUCGCAGACGGUUAUGGAAAAGGCCAUGCACAAGGUCCUGCAGAGGAUAUGUUUGCUCUUGAACGCUGACCGCUGCAGCUAUUUCAUACAAAGAGCGAGAAAUGGGAUCCCUGAGCUUUCUACCUGUCUCUUUGACGUUACCCCGACCUCGAAAUACGAAGCAAACCUUGUCAACUCUCAGGUUGAAAUUGUGUUCCCCACUGACAUAGGCAUUGUUGGGCAAAUAACAACCACGAAAAAGAUGGCGAAUAUUCCGGAUGUGAAAAAGAAUCCCAGAUUCAGUGACUUUGUGGACAAACAGACAGGAUACACCACUAAAAACAUGCUUGUUGCCCCCCUCAUGAAUGGGAAAGAUACACUUGGUGUGGUCAUGGCACUAAACAAAGUCGGAGGAAAUGAAUUCAACAAAGUAGAUGAAGACAUCUUCAGCAAGUACAUCACUUUUGCCUCAGUCAUCGCUCUACAGCAUCAUACUUCAUAUAUGUAUAACGUGGAAUCUAGAAGAAGCCAGGUUCUUCUAUGGUCUGCCAGCAAAGUGUUUGAAGAGUUGACAGAUAUUGAGCGACAGUUUCACAAGGCUCUGUACACCGUGAGAAUCUACCUCCAGUGUGAUAGGUACUCUGUUGGCCUCCUGGAUAUGACCAAAGAAAAGGAGUUCUACGACGAGUGGCCAGUUAAACUGGGAGAUGUGGAGCCGUACAAAGGCCCAAAGACCCCUGAUGGCAGGGAAAUCAACUUCUACAAAAUCAUUGAUUAUCUGCUAGAAGCCAAAGAAGAGAUCAAAGUCAUACCGACUCCUCCUGUAGAUCACUGGGCACUUGUUAGCGGCCUUCCCUCCUACGUGGCUGAAAACGGCUUUAUUUGUAACAUGAUGAAUGUUGUUGCUGAUGAUUACUUCACAUUCCAGAAAGAAGCUGUGGAUGAGUCAGGGUUCAUCAUUAAGAAUGUCCUGUCCCUACCUAUUGUCAACAAGAAAGAAGAAAUUGUGGGUAUUGCCACUUUCUUCAACCGAAAAGAUGGCAAGCCAUUCGAUGAGCAGGAUGAACAAAUUACUGAAGCCCUAACGCAGUUCCUUGGAUGGUCUGUACUGAAUUGUGACACAUAUGACAAACUGAAUCGAAUGGAGUGGAAGAAAGAAAUUGCACAGGAAAUGGUCUUGUAUCAGACCAAAGCCACCCCAUCUGAGAUCCAACAGAUUCUGAACACAAAGGAGAAGUUUGACCAAGACCCAGAGGACUGCGAUCAGAAAGAAAUGUACAAACUCUUGAGAGCCAAUCUUCCACAAGCCAAAGAUGUCGAUCUUCUAGAAUUUCAUUUUAGCGACUUUCCCCUCUCUGAGGUUGACCUUAUAAAGUGUGGAAUCCGCUGCUUCUUUGAACUUGGAGUGGUGGAGAAGUUCAAAGUGCCAGCAGAGGUCCUGACCAGAUGGAUGUACACCGUACGAAAAGGCUACAGAGACAUCACUUACCAUAACUGGAGGCAUGGGUUUAACGUGGGCCAGACCAUGUUCUGCCUUCUGCAAACUGGAAGGCUGAGAAAAUACUAUUCAGACCUUGAUGCCUUUGCAAUGGUAGCAGCUGCGUUCUGUCACGAUAUUGACCACAGGGGUACAAACAAUCUCUACCAGACAAAGAGUGGAUCACCUCUGGCCAAGCUUCAUGGCUCCUCCAUCUUGGAAAGGCACCAUCUUGAAUACAGCAAGACCCUCAUGGCAGAAGAGAAUGUUAACAUUUUCCAAAGCCUGCAGAAACGGCAGUUUGAGACAGUGCAGCACUUACAUGAUGUCUGCAUCAUUGCUACUGACCUGGCCUUGUAUUUCAAAAAAAGAACAAUGUUCCAGAAGAUUGUUGAUGCUACUGAACCAAUGGGUGAUGAGAAGGAAGCCAUUGCCUAUGUGGCCAACAACCCCAUUAGGAAGGAAAUCAUUAUGGCAAUGAUGAUGACUGGUUGUGACUUGUCUGCCAUUACCAAGCCAUGGGAGGUCCAGAGCAAAGUGGCUCUUAUGGUGGCAGCUGAAUUCUGGGAGCAAGGAGACCUGGAGAGGUCUGUACUAGACCAACAACCCAUUCCCAUGAUGGACAGAAACAAAUCGGACGAACUUCCGAAGAUGCAGUGUGGUUUCAUUGACUUUGUGUGCUCAUUUGUGUAUAAGGAAUUUUCAAGGUUCCACAAGGAGAUCACCCCCAUGUUUGAUGGCCUGAACAACAACAGGGUCCACUGGAAGGAGCUGGCUGAUAUUUACCAAGCUAAAGUAGACGCUUUGGAGAAUGAACGAAAGAAACUAGAAGAAGCAGAGGCUAAAAAAGCUACUGGUGGGGAAGGUGGAGAUGGAAAAUCAAAAACCUGCACCAUAUUUUAAACAUUAUCCAUCAAAAAUCUAGAUACAGAUAAGUCUGGGCCAGCUGGCAAUGAUGGAGGUGAAAUGUGCUCCUAGGAUCACGUGUUUUCACCUGCUUCUGUCUCAAUUCCUCGGAUGUACCUUCUCCAAGUGAACACGUAGGCAUUCGCCAGAAAUGGAAGAACUGUACAUGGUUUCUCUUUCUGAAGGAGUGCCAGCCUAGAGUGCCAGCUAUUCUUGACCAUAUAGACAAUUUCAUGCUUGUUCCUAAUCGUUCAUUUCAUCUUGACUGGAGAAAGAACGCCAUAUGCAACUAUUACAUUUGCCAUGAUAUUGUGGCCAAAACACAACCUUACAUGUUAUAAUGUGCUGUAGUUAAGUCAGAUCUUAUUUGUAGUAUCGCUUUUGAAUCCAUAACACUUGAUUAUUUGUCUUUCAUGACUUUUGAUUUAAUUUAAAUGGGAAAAGAUUAAGAAUUAGAACAAUAAGCGACAUUUGCUAAUCUUUCAAAUUAGCAUGCUUCUCUGAUUAAAGCUUCUCUGUAAAAUCAUAGAAGCUUUCAAUUUGAUAUAUAUUCUUUUGAUAAAUGAAUUUCCACAAACUACUCAAAAGCAUUUGAAUAAACAUCAGUUGAUUUCUUUAGAGUUGAAGGACAAACUCGCUUGUAUAGGAGCUUUUAGAAGCUAUGCUGGGUGUCUCUUAGCAAGUGCUUUGUAAUGAAAUGUUCAAAGAGAAGAUCAUAACGUCGAUUGACUACAAGUUAAGAGUUAACUAAUUGAUGCAAUUGUUUGCAGCAUUUGUGUUUCAUGGAUAUGACACAAGACUUUUGAAUUCUUAAAAGAUACAAAUACUUUUCUACUAUGAAAGAAGAUUAAGCUAAUUCUGUGUCAACAGAAUGAGCAUUUGGGGCUGUGGAGAAAAUGUAUGACUGGAGCUUUGAUGUUUGUUCUUUCAUUUAUUGACACCUAAGCUUACAUGAAACAUAGUUUUCCAACAUAAUGUAUUAUUUAAAGUAUAAUAUUGAGUGUAUUUCAUUACAUAGGAUUUUAAUUGAUAAUAUAGCAGUAUUUGUUUAUACCAAACAUUGAAAUGAUUAUAUUGUAUGUAUGUAUGAAUGUAUGUAUGACAUGACAAUGCGAGAGGGAACUGCCUGUACUUGAACAUGUGUAAACCUAUAAGGAGAUUGGACUCAACUGAGUAUGAUGGAGAGGGGGGGAGCUUGUGAGGUUCACUCAGAUUUCAUCUUUAAAUACCUACUGGAGCCUUUAGAUAUCUCCCUAGGCACAAAUGCACUAGCACAAUUCAUAAGGUCAAAGUCCCUUGUUUUGUAAUCUGUUGAAGAUUUGACACAGUAACAAACAACAGUAACAACAUUUCAUGCAAAUGCCCAUUGAUAUUGACAGACAGCAUAUCAGAAAUACGUUAUGCCAUGUUAAGAAAAAUACCGGGCAGUAAAGCAAUAUGAUGCAACCCAAUGUGCAAAGUACCACAGAGAUUGAUAAGAAAUGGAGCUAAUUAAAAUGACCCUAAAUUACAUAAAAAAAAUUGUUUUAUGUAACAUUUGCUUAUCAACAAUAAAUUGGAAAAAUCGAUCAAGGCCUUUAAUCCAAUAACAAGGGCCACGGGAGGUUCUCUGCAGUCUAAAUAUCUUCACUAGAACUAGUGACUGUAUUCAAAUGUCAAACCACCUAAACCCAAACCAGACAGAAAUAACCAAAAUAUGAGUUAAUCUAAUGUCAGGUAAAUGGUUUGUGCACUUUGUUAGGCGUGUGUAUAAAAUUGCAAUUAUAUGUAAUGCAUCCUUUGUGAGUGAGUGUGGAACUGAUAUUUGAUCCUCUUACUUAUUGAAUACAACUGCACAUAUAAGUAUACAAAUAAACACAUU